AUGGUAAAUGACGACGGGGUCUCUACUUCUUCAGCUCUUCCUAUGGCGACUGCAACUCAGACUCAAACGAUGUAUGCUCCAGAUCGGGUACAUCACAAUCAUCCUCUGUACAUUCAUCCUUCAGAGACACAAGGUUCUGUUAUGAUCUCAACUCAACUUCAAGGUUCUGAAAAAUACUCAAUGUGGAGUAGGUCAAUGAAGAUUGUGUUGCAUGGUAAAAAUAAACUAGGUUUUGUUUUAGGAACUUGUAAACGAGAAUUGUAUGAUCCUAGCUUGCAUGAACUCUGGGACAGAUGUAAUGCCAUUGUUCUAGCUUGGAUAAUGAACACAGUAUCUCAAAGUCUAAUGAGUAUUGUGAUUUAUGCGUUUGAUGCACAUAAGGUGCGGGAAGACCUUAAAGAGAGGGCAUAUCACAUGAGCACUGGUCUUUCUCCUAUGUUCCCUGUGCUGCAACUAGUUGAACCUGGUCCUCCUGCUGUGUCUGCUCUAUUGCACUCAUCUUCAACCUCUACUUCUGAUCCUGAUGCUUCUCAGCUUUCCCCAUCAUCUACUAUCACGGAUCCUUCUCCUCUGCCAGUACAACUUAGAAGAUCCUCAAGAGAAUCUAGACCACCUGUAUGGAUGGGAGAUUAUGUUGUUCAACAGAAGUCCUCAUGUCCAUAUCCACUAUCCAACUAUGUGGUGUAUGACCACCUCAAUCCUGCCUACAGGUCUUCAUUAGCUGUUUAUUCAGCAAUUGCAGAACCUAAGACCUAUGCUGAAGCCAGUAUUAAUCCACUAUGGGUGGAUGCUAUGAAGUCUGAGAUUUCAGCUCCUGAGAGCAACAAUACUUGGACAACUGUAGACCUUCCUCCAGACAAAUUUCCCAUAGACUGCAAGUGGGUGUUUAAGGUUAAGUACAAGUCCACAGGAGAUGUGGAGAGAUAUAAAGCAAGGCUGGUUGUCAAAGGCUACAGCCAAUAG